AUAAGUCAUGUUUUUCAGAGCCAAUUAUUCUUGAAAUAUGCCUCGGCCACGUGAGGCAGAAGAGAAAGAGUCUCUUACCCGUGUUGCAAUCGUCAAUUCGGACAAGUGUAAGCCAAAACGGUGCAGGCAAGAAUGCCGAAAAUCGUGCCCAGUUGUUCGAAUGGGUAAACUCUGCAUUGAGGUUACUCCGAGCGAUAAGAUCGCUUCAAUCUCUGAAGAAUUGUGCAUCGGUUGUGGUAUUUGUGUGAAGAAAUGCCCAUUUAAUGCUAUAUCGAUCAUCAACCUUCCGAGUAAUUUGGAAGCGAACACUACUCAUCGGUACUCGAAAAAUUCAUUCAAGUUGCAUCGUUUGCCUGUCCCUCGGCCUGGAGAGGUAUUGGGUCUGGUUGGAACUAAUGGAAUCGGAAAAUCGACAGCAUUGAAAAUUUUGGCGGGGAAGACUAAACCAAAUCUUGGAAAGUUUACGAAUCCCCCCGAUUGGACCGAAAUUUUAGCGCAUUUCCGAGGAUCGGAGCUUCAGAAUUAUUUCACAAAAAUUUUAGAAGACGAUUUGAAGGCAAUCAUCAAGCCUCAAUAUGUCGACCAAAUUCCUCGAGCAAUUAAAGGCUUGGUGAAGGACAGAAUGGAAAAGAAGGAUGAAAAGGAAAAUAGCAAAGUGAUCAGCACUAUGUUGGACCUGAAUAACGUGCAAGACCGGAACGUCGAAGACUUGAGCGGCGGAGAACUUCAACGAUUCGCCAUCGCGAUUGUCUGCAUUCAGAGAGGCGACAUAUACAUGUUCGAUGAGCCUUCUUCCUACUUGGACGUAAAACAACGUCUGAAAGCUGCGCAAACCAUCAGGUCGCUAAUUCAACCGCAGAAUUUCAUCAUCGUUGUGGAGCACGACCUUUCAGUUCUGGAUUACCUUUCGGAUUUUAUUUGCUGUUUGUAUGGACUUCCUGGAUGCUACGGUGUCGUGACCAUGCCGUUCUCAGUCCGCGAAGGAAUCAACGUGUUUCUCGAUGGCUAUGUUCCCACCGAAAACUUGCGCUUCCGUGACGAAUCGUUGGUUUUUCGCGUUGCUGAAUCUGCCACAGAGGAAGAAAUCAAGCGAAUGUGUCGUUUCUCGUACCCUGAUAUGACGAAAACCCUGGGCAAUUUUUGCCUCGAAGUCGAUUCAGGCACCUUCACGGAUUCGGAGAUCCUCGUGAUGCUUGGAGAAAACGGCACUGGGAAAACGACGUUCAUCAGGAUGUUGGCAGGUCGACUCGAACCCGACGGCGCCACGGCGGACAUUCCGCAAUUGCACAUCAGUUACAAGCCGCAGAAAAUCAGUCCGAAGAGUCAGGGCACUGUUCGAAUGCUGCUUCAUGACAAGAUUCGGGAUGCUUAUAUUCACCCGCAGUUCACCACGGAUGUCGUGAAACCGCUGAAAAUUGAUGAUAUUAUUGACCAGGAAGUGCAGAAUUUGUCCGGAGGAGAAUUGCAGCGUGUUGCCUUGACGCUUUGCCUGGGUAAACCUGCUGAUGUUUACUUGAUCGACGAGCCGUCUGCCUACUUGGAUUCUGAACAGCGUCUCGUUGCUGCCAAAGUCAUCAAAAGAUUUAUUCUACACGCGAAAAAGACAGGAUUCGUGGUGGAGCACGAUUUCAUCAUGGCAACGUAUUUGGCUGACCGAGUCAUCGUGUUUGAAGGCACGCCUUCGACAAAAACUCGUGCGACUGAGCCUCAUUCCUUGCUGUUCGGAAUGAACAAGUUCCUUGAAACGCUGAACAUCACAUUUCGACGUGAUCCUAACAAUUUCAGACCUAGGAUCAAUAAGCUCAAUUCCGUGAAGGACUCGGAGCAGAAGCGAUCUGGAAACUUCUUCUUCCUGGAAGAUUAGCGGUAAUUGUGAUGACGGUUCACCAAGACAUCGUGACCACUCUCCUUCCAGAAACGAAUUUAAAGCCGUGAGCGCAGAGUCUUGACGUCACACCGUUCCAGAGAGUCAGGUGGCCACAAAGCCGAGUAUUUUUUUGGUGGUGACGGGAUCCCUGGAGGGAGAGUGGAAGACAAGUUGUCGAGGCGUUUGGAAGGGAAGACGUUAAAGGCCCAGAAAAUAUAAAUUACCGUGAUGACGGGAUUGAGAGAAAAAUCUGUUUGAUUGCCAUUUGAUUUUCACAAAAUUCUGCAGGGGUAAAUACUCAUCGCAUCGGGACG